UUACUGAAAGAAAUCAGUUCAGGUGCACCAUCUAUCCUUGUUAUUUCUAUAUUGAAUUUAUAGAUAAAGUAUUCAGCAUAAAGAAAAAAGAAAUUGGACAAAUAUGAUUGUAGGACUUCAUAUACUGUCUUCGUGUUUUUUUUUUUCCAGCAUCGUAGACUUUAUACCACCGCUAAGGAAGCGUAUGGAUGUUUUGAAUCCCUAUGUCUGCCAAUUUCUGGUGGGAUGGAUCACUGUACUGGACAGAGUUCUUGAUACUGAUAUUCUUGGUUUUCUUCUAGAUUUUCUUGAUGGCAAUUGUGACAUUUAACAAGCUCCUUUAAGCUAUAUCUUAUUUUGCAACUUGAAUUUACGUGCUGACUCAUAGUGCAUCAAAUGUUCUGGUUUGUUCAACUUGUUAAGUGAUUCCAGCCAUGAAAUAUGCAACAGGCUGAUUCCACACUUUCUGAAUUUUUCCAGGAGAAAAAACUCUCCAAUUAUGGUCGCAUGGCUGAAAUAUUGGUACAGAGGGCAGCUUCUUCCGAUGAAUUUACCUGUCUGUGUGCGGUCACAUGGGAAAGGAUCUUCCCACCAUGGAUUUUCCUACCAGACUCAAGAUUGCAUUAGGAUCGGCUAAAGGACUCGCCUACCUUCACGAAGAUUGCCACCUGAAGAUUAUACAUCGUGAUAUUCAAACUGCCAACAUUCUCUUGGACAACAAUUUUGAUGCCACGGUUGUUGCAGCUUCAUCUUCCCAUGAAUCAAUACAUUUUUUCUUCUUGUUUUUGGUGGGCAACAACAGCAUGGAUGGGGAAGGAUAUAUCAGAACUUGGUUAUUGCAGUCGGGUACUUUUUUUACUCCAUGUUAUUGGAUGAACACUGAAUCCUGUUGGAGGGCUUAAAAUGUGAUACACACGGUUCUUUUAACAGUUCUUUUAAUAUUGUUUCAAACCAGAUUCUACCAAUCUGAACCUUACAAAUAAAAAAUAAAAAAUAAAAAUCCUGCUAGUCUUUGGUAUUUGCCUUUAUUUUCAAUCAGAUUAGGGAACUCGUUUAUUUUCAAUUAGAUUUAAAGGGAGGAUGAGUUACCACCAUUUUCUAAAUAGUUAAAAACUAACAUAGAAGUCUUGGUCCUCGAAAGAAGUUUUAGGAAUGAGAUAACAACAUUAACAGAAAUUCGCCAUCAUAACAUUGUGAAGCUUUAUGACUUCUGUUCCCAUGCUCAGUGCUCAUUUCUAGUGUAAGAGUACAUGGAAAGGGAAGGCUUAGCAAGCAUCCUAAGCAA